AUGGUUAACUCUUGUGGCUCCGUCUGCUCUGACCAGGGCUGUGGCCAGGAGACCUGCUGCGAACCCAGAUGCUGCCAGACCACCUGCUGCAGGAACACCUGCUGCCGCCCCACCUGCUGUGUGUCCAGCUGCUGCAGGCCUCAGUGCUGCCAGUCUGUGUGCUGCCAGCCCACCUGCUGCCGCCCCAGCUGCUGCAUCUCCAGCUGCUGCCGCCCCAGCUGCUGCCGCCCUAGCUGUUGUAUCUCCAGUUGCUGCCGCCCCACCUGCUGCAUCUCCAGCUGCUGCCGCCCCACCUGCUGCAUUUCUAGUUGCUACAGGCCUUCUUGCUGUAUCCCCAGUUGUUGCCGCCCAACCUGCUGCCAGACCACCUGCUGCAGAAACACCUGCUGCAUCUCCAGCUGCUGCAGGCCCCAGUGCUGCCAGUCUGUGUGCUGCCAGCCCAGCUGCUGCCGCCCCAGCUGCUGCCAGACCACCUGCUGCAGGACUACCUGCUGCCGCCCUAGCUGCUGCAUCUCCAGCUGCUGUAGGCCCCAAUGCUGCCAGCCCACCUGCUGCCACCCCAGCUGUUGCAUCUCCAGUUGCUGCAGGCCUUCCUGCUGUAUCUCCAGUUGCUGCCGCCCCACCUGCUGCCAGACCACCUGCUAUAGAACAACCUGCUGCCUCCCCAGCUGCUCUGGCAGUUCUUGCUGCUGA